AUGCAGGUCGAUCCGUCCACCGCGCGCUACCAAACCGAGGUCGAUGGAGAACGCUACUACUUUUGCGCGGCUAGCUGCUUGGCCAAGUUCGAGGCCGAUCCAAGGCACUACACCGAGCCCGUCGAGAAACCGCCCCGCCGAUCCCGUAGACCCGCCGCGAUGUACAUCUGCCCGAUGGAUCCCGAGGUGCGCCAGCAAGGCCCGGGCAGCUGCCCUAAGUGCGGCAUGGCGCUCGAGCCCGAGACCCCGCGCCUGGCCACCCGCACCGAGUACACCUGUCCGAUGCAUCCCGAGGUGGUGCGAGACGAGCCCGGCUCGUGUCCAAUCUGCGGGAUGGCGCUCGAGCCGCAGACUGUGACGGGUAAGCCGGUCUCGCGGCUGCUAGCACCGCGCUGGCGAGUGUUGAUCGAGCUGUUGCUGGCAACGCCGGUUUGCCUAUGGGCGGCCUGGCCGUUCUACGUUCGUGCGGUGGCCUCGAUCAAGAAUCGCAGUCUCAACAUGUUUACCCUGAUUGGUCUAGGGGUCAGCGUCGCCUACGGCUAUAGCCUGGUGGCAGCGCUGGUGCCGCAGAUUUUUUCCGGCGUCGUUCCGCGGUGCUCGAACUACGAGCCCGCAGCCAGGACCGGCGCGGCUAUCAGAGCGCUGCUCGGGCUGGCCGCCAAGACCGCGCGGCGCCUGUUAGCUGAUGGUGGCGAGGAAGAUGUGCCGCUCGACUUAGUAAGGGUUGGUGACAAGCUCAGGGUGCGGCCGGGUGAAAAAGUUCCGGUCGACGGUGAGGUUCUCGAAGGCUUGAGCACGGUCGACGAAUCGAUGGUCACCGGCGAGCCGAUGUCGGUACAGAAGUCCACCGGUGAUUCGCUGAUCGGCGCCACCGUCAACGGCACUGGCGCACUAGUGAUGCGGGCUGCGCGAGUGGGCUCUGAGACCUUGCUGUCGCGCAUAGUCUCCAUGGUGGCCGAGGCGCAGCGCAGCCGGGCGCCGAUCCAGAAGCUGGCCGACCGGGUGUCAGGCUGGUUCGUGCCGAUCGUAAUCGGGGUGGCGAUCCUCACGUUCGGAGCCUGGGCACUGGUGGGCCCGCCUCCGCGCAUGGCCUUCGCGCUGGUCAAUGCGGUCGCUGUCUUGAUCAUCGCCUGCCCGUGUGCACUGGGGUUGGCGACUCCGAUGUCGAUUAUGGUGGCUACCGCCAAGGCCGCUGGUCUCGGGGUGCUGUUCAAGAACGCCGAGGCCAUCGAGCAGCUGCGCCAGGUCGAUACCCUGGUCGUAGACAAGACUGGCACCUUGACCGAAGGGCGGCCGAGCCUGGUAACCGUCGAGCCGAUCACCGGCCUAGAGGAGAACCGGCUGGUUGAGCUAGCCGCCUCUUUGGAGCGCAGUAGUGAGCACCCUUUGGCCGAGGCCAUAGUGCGCGGUGCAGAAGUGCGCGAGGUCCAGAUCGGCAAAGCGUCGGACUUCGUGUCGAUCACUGGCAAGGGGGUUCGCGGCACUGUUGACGGAGUAGCGAUAGCCAUCGGCAAUCGUGCCUUGAUGGACGAUCUAAAGAUCGAUCUCGACAACCUGCCACCGCGCGCCGAAGCUCUGCGGUCCGAGGGUCAGACGGUGGUGUUCGUGGCCGCUGAUGGCGCUAGUGCCGGGCUCCUUGGAGUGGCCGAUCCCAUCAAGGAGAGCACCCCCGAGGCGAUUCGCGCGCUUCAUGCCGAGGGUUUGCGAAUCGUCAUGCUGACUGGCGACAACCGCACCACUGCAGAGACCGUUGCCAGGCAGUUGAGUAUUGACGAAGUAGUCGCCGAGGUUUUACCCGAGCAGAAGGCUGAGGCUGUCGAGCGUUUCCAGCGCCAGGGCCUGACCGUCGCGAUGGCCGGCGACGGUAUCAACGACGCCCCGGCCCUGGCCUCGGCUACGGUUGGCGUCGCUAUGGGCACCGGCACCGACGUGGCGAUGGAGAGCGCUGGUAUCACCCUGGUCAAGGGCGACCUGCGCGGCAUCGUCAGGGCUCGCAGGCUGAGCCGGGCGACUAUGGCCAAUAUCCGCCAGAACCUGUUCUUUGCCUUCUUCUACAACGCGCUAGGUGUACCUAUCGCCGCCGGCGUGCUCUAUCCGAUUUUCGGAUUGCUACUUAGUCCGAUGAUCGCCGCUGCGGCGAUGAGCUUCAGCUCGGUGUCGGUGAUCGGCAACGCGCUGCGGCUGCGGGGAGUACAAGUCUAG